GGAGAUUUAAGUAUGUACAUGCAGCAGUGUACUGGUGUUACUGUAUUGGGUCAGUCUUUGCUAAAGUCGGAGGUCGAAUCUGCACACGCCGUCGGUGACUGUUAUAGUCCAGUGUAUGGCAUAGUGCCGCCUCUACAGAAUUUGGAUGAUGGGGUCGACCUCGACUGACAAAUUUGAACCACUUGAUUGAUGACGCUUGAAGAAGUUCUAUGUGGUUUCUCGUGGUGGAAGACGAUUUAGGAUGACCAGCAAUUUACCCGAACAAGAAAACACUUGCUGAUGUUGGAUGGACCAAGCAAAGCUCCAGACGCGAGCGAAGCUCCGCCUGCACCGGUGACCGAGGAAACCGUGGCAAGGCUGGAGGCGGCUGCGGAGAGACUACUGCACAUGCCUACUGUAGU